UGUUACUCGUUCUAGCCAAACAAGAGCUAGAGAGUUUAGACAGGUGCCUAUGGUGUUGUUAUAGCUGAGACAAAAGAUCCAUAGAAACACACUCCUAGCUAGACAAAGGGUUGACUAUAGUCGCCUUUUCAACUCGAUAACAUAGAAAGAUAGAGAUGCGAUUGGGAGUCACUAGGUGCAAUACCGGUGGCGCGUGAGAGAGAGAGAGAAAGAGAGUUAUGAGAAAAUCAUUUCCUUUUGCAUAACGCACGUCCAUACCCACAUACUAAAUGCUAGAGAAGGAGCGGCAACUCGUCCGUUUAGACGUCAUGUGUUGCCAUUUAAUUUGUAUACACUAAACAGACACAAAUGAGGAUAUUUUCAAAUUAAUUUUUUUAGUGUCCAAACGAAACAAAUUUGUAAAUUACAUUUACAGGACAUCGCUGUUUCUUGGAAGUUUCGAAUUCUAUGUGCAUUGUGGGAUAGCAGUGACAUCAUCACCAUCAUUUGCAUACCAAACUGAACGUUGAACGCCAUUUUGAUAAGACAACUUUUACGUUGCACACAAAACAGCAAAUCGGAAAUUUAUCUUUAGUCAUCCGUCCCGAUAAACUUAUUGUAAUCUUCUGUUUAUCAUCUUAAAUUAUAACCCAUCAGAACGGGCCGGUAUUUUAACGGACCGUUCAUAGGGUAUAAUAUCAGAAAAAUUUCAAUGAACGCCUUGGCAAGAUGUCCUCACUCUCGGGGCUAGGUAAUAAAGGGGAGAAAGGAAAGGGAAAAUUUACGUCUAUUAAUAUAAAUAAUAUAUACAAAGGAAAGAGCGUUGAGACACAGAAAUCAACAGUUACUCGUCAGCAUGGGUUACAAAGUUUGGGUAAAGUGGGCAGUGUGCGUCGAAUGCCUCCACCUGCAAAUCUCCCAAGUUUAAAAAGCGAAAAUAGUGGUAACGAUCCUAGCAUCAAUUUAGUACCAUCUGGCGGUUCAGGAUGGGGAACAAAGGAGAAGGAUUCCAGUGGAACUCAGCAGCAGUCGUCGCAGCCGCAGCCGGCUACUACAGUACCUUCGGGGCAAGUCAUCAACAAGCAAGUGAACACAUCUGGGGCAACCAUAAACAGUACUGGGGUCAAGUCAUGGAGCAGUGUCACUGUUGGGGAAACUUCACAAAGUGGAAUAUUGAGCCACCAAUCGCCAUUAUUUCACGAAGAAUUCCCAAAGCUUGCUCCGGGUGGGGAAGAAGAAAAAAAAGAAGUGAAAGAAGAGCCUGGAAAGGAAACCCAAUUUGGUCCAGGACCAAAUUUACGACCUCAAAAUAUUGCCAAUUGGCGCGAAGGCAGCACUCGUGGUGCUAUACAGUCACAGCAAACGCCAGAAAAUCAAAUUUCUUCUUCACAAGUUCCGAAUGUGACUUCUCAAAUAAAUGGCCCCCAGAUGUUAGGUGGAACCGAGGUUCCUCCUCAACCGGUACCACCUCGGCCAGGCUCUUCAAAUCAAGGACCCGGCCCUGGUGUCGUACCACCACUUGGACCUCAUAUGGGCUUAACUAAUCCACCCAAUCAAUACCGCAGUAUGUUGCCUCAUUAUCUAUAUCGUGGGAACUUCCCUCAAGGCCCACCACCAGGUCCAGGUACAUAUCCUCCAAAUUUUCCUCCUGUUCCACGGCAACCAACUCCAUAUUAUGAUGGAAGGUUCCCGAGAGUUCCCCCUCCAAAUGUUCAAGCACAAAGGCCAGCAAAUGAAAAUGACAAUGAGAACUAUAAACGACCUGCUAUUAUUAAAGAUCGUGAUCUCAAAGAAUUUGAUGAAAUUUUGCGUAAUGACCCAACUGAUGGUGGUUGGGCUGGAGCUCAAGGGGAGAUAGACUACAGUGAAAAGCUGGUCUUCAGUGAUGAUGAAGAGGGUGAGAAACAUGAAAGAAAUGAAGAGAAACGGGAAAAACACCGUGAAGCAAGGGAAAUACGUACUGAAGGAGGAAACUUGCGUGAAGCAAGAGAACAUAGAGAUCCACGUGAAACACGUGCUGAAAAUAGAGAUGCUCGCCAUGAUCCACGGGAAACACGUGGUGAACCAAGGGACAUUCGUCAUGAUCCACGAGAAAUUCGUGGUGAACCAAGGGAUAUUCGCCAUGAAAAUAGGGAAGUACGUGCUGAACCUAGAGACAUACGCCGCGAUAUGCGUGGUGAACCUAGGGACAUUAAUCUAGAUCACAUUCGUGAAACUAGAGAUGGGCGUGGAAAACCUAGAGAAAUUCGUUUUGAAGCUAGAGACAUGCGUGAAAAUAGGGAUAUAAGCGGUGAAAACCGCGAUAUUCAUAUUGAACCCAGAGACAUUCGCCAUGAACCACGAGAAAUGCGUGGUGUAUCAAGAGAUAUUCGCAUGGAAGCCAGAGACUGCCGUCUUCAAUCCUCUAGAGAAAUUCGGCAUGAACCUAGAGAUCCUCUUCUUGAAUCUCCACGAGAACUGCGUCAUGGCAUGGAAACACCAAGAACUAUAAGACAUGAAAAUCGAGAUCCUUGUCUUGAUCCAACCAGGGACAUGCGCCAUGAAUCAAGAGAUACUCAUCUUGACUCUACUCGUGAUAUACGCCAUGAGCCAAGAGAUACACGACUUGAACCAACGAGGAAUUUACGUCAUGAACCAAGAGAUAUACGUCUUGAACCAAAUAGAGGGAUUCGUCUUGAACCCAGAGAUUCAAGAUUAGAUUCAAAUAGAGAUAUCUGUCAUGAUAUGAGAGAUAAUCGCCUUGAUGCAACUAGAGACAUUCGUCUUGAUACCCGACAUGAACCAGCUAGGGAUAUUCGACUGGAUGGUAGAGAUUGUCGUAUUGAAACUACCAGAGACUCCCGUAUGGGAUCAAGAGAUAUCCGUCUUGAACCACGAGACAGGGAUAUCCGUGGUGAUUCUCGUGAAAUAAGAGAUGUCCGUGGAGAAACUAGAGAUAUACGAGAUACUCGUGGUGAUGCAAUGAACCUUCAGAAACCAAGAGAUGCAAUUCGUGAACUAAGAGAUGUCCGUGAGCAGAGAAAUGAUGUGCGUGCUGAACCAAGAGACAUGAGGGAACAGAGAGAUGCACGGGGAGAGCCUAGAGACAUGAGGGAACAGAGAGAUGCACGGGGAGAGCCUAGAGACAUCAGAGAACAGAGGGAUGCACGGGUUGAACCAAGAGAUAUUAGGGAACAGAGAGAUGCACGAGUAGAGUCUAGAGACAUCAGGGAACAGAGAGAUGCACGUACUGAACCUCAUGACAACAGAGAGCAGAGGGAUGUACGUGCUGAAUCCAGAGAUAUUAGAGAACAAAGAGAUGUUCGUAAUGAACCUCGUGAUAUUCGGGAGCAAAGAGGUGUGCUUGGUGAAGCACGUGACAUUCGCGAGCAAAGGGAUGUGCGUAGUGAAGUACGUGAUAUUAGAGAACAAAGAGAUGUGCGUGGUGAAACACGUGACAUUCGUGAGCAAAGAGAUGUACGUGGUGAAGCGCGCGACUUACGUGGGGAACCACAUGACAUUCGUGAUCAGAGAGAUGUGCGUGUUGAACCCCGUGACAUUCGUGAUCAGCGUGAUGUACGUCCUGAGACGCGAGACAUUUGCGAAACAAGGGAUGUACGUGCUGAACCACGUGACAUACGUGAACCCAGGGAUCUGCGUACUGAACCACGUGAUAUUCGCGAAUCAAGAGAUAUGCGUACUGAGCUGCGUGACAUUCGUGAGCCAAGGGAUGCACGUGCUGAAUCACGAGAUAUUCUAGAAGCAAGAGAUGUGCGUGCUGAGCCACGGGAUAGUCGAGAAUCAAGAGAUGUGCGUCCUGAAUCCCGAGAUGUUCGUGAGCCGAGAGAUGUCUGUGCUGAGCCAAGAGACAUGCGUGAGCCACGGGAUGUUCGUGUUGAGCCACGAGAUGUUCGAACGGAGCCACGAGACCUUCAUGAGCCUAGAGAUGUGCGUGCUGAGCCACGAGACAUUCGCCAGCCAAGGGAUGUGCGUGCUGAACCACGAGACAUUCGCCAGCCAAGGGAUGUGCGUGCUGAACCACGUGACAUUCGCCAGCCAAGGGAUGUGCGUGUUGAACCACGAGACAUUCACGAGCCAAGGGAUGUGCGUGCCGAACCACGAGACAUUCGUGAACAAAGGGAUGUUCGUACCGAGCCACGGGACAUUUGUGAGUCUAGGGAUGUACGUGCCGAGCCACGUGACAUUCGCGAGUCAAGAGAUAUGCGUGCUGAACCGCGAGACAUUCGUCAACCAAGGGAUGUGCGUGCUGAGCCACGAGAUAUUCGCCAGCCAAGGGAUGUACGUGCUGAGCCACGCGACCUUCGUGAGCAGAGAGAUGUGCGUGCUGAACCAAGAGACAUUGGGCGUAAUGAGCCUCGAGACAUUCGUGAAACCAGGGAAUUGGUGCGUGGUGAGCCACGUGACAUUCGAGAACCAAGAGACAUGCGUGGAGAAACACGAGAUAUUCGUGAACCGAGGGACAUGGGGCGCGGAGAAACGAGAGACAUUCGUGAUGCUAGAGAUGUGCGUCCUGAAUCCCGUGAGAUUCGUGAUCAGAGGGAUGUACGUGUUGAAUCUCAAGACAUACGUGAACCUAGAGAAGCUCGAGACUCACAAGAUGUUUGGGAAACGUGUGAUACACGUAGUGAGACGAGAGACAUCCGGGAACCGAGAGAGGUUAUUUUAGAUUCCCGAGAUAUGAGAGAAAGUAGAGAUAUACGUGUUGAAAGCAGAGAUGCACGUGACCUAAGAGAUAGCAGGGAUUUACGAACUGAGACGCAUGAAGAUGGUAAAACUACCUCGGAAGAAAAUGACAGAGAUAAUCAUGAAAAACUUAAAGAUGAACACAGUCGACCAUCUCAUAGAGAGAGUUGGGGUCAGGCUUUCCCCCCUCAACAUUAUAGAUCUAAUCAACCAAGACCCCCCAUUCCAGGAAUAGAACGUGGUUGGAAUCUUCAGAUGGCUUAUGAAUAUAUGGGUCAAAGGCCACCUUAUCCUGCAUUUAGAAUGGGCCCACCACAUCCACCUGGACAGAGACCUCAGUACACCCAUCCUAUCACUACGCGUCGAUCUGGAGAAGCUGAUGACGAAGAAAUCUGGAGGGAGCGCAGGCGACAGCGUAGUGAAGAAAUAAAUUUUGUUGUAGAAAGAACACGGCAGCGGCGUGAAGAGGAAGAAAGAAAAAUUGAAGCUGAAAGAAGAGCCACAUCAUCAGAAAAACUUAAAGCACCUGAUGACAGAAUGAAAAAGAAAGAUGAAAAGGAAAGAGAGGAAUCGGAUGGGCGAACUAGUCGUACACCUAGUGAAAGCAGUGAAAAAGAUGCACGCGAAAGAGCCCAUAGGGACUCUUCCAAAUAUCCAAUUGGUGGCCCACAAGCUCAGUUUUCUAAGCAUUAUGCAAAAAAUAUCCCACCAAGAUUCCAAAAACAAGUUCAGGAACAAAUGAUGCGCCAGCAGCCUUCAAACCAACCUCAGCCCUCACAAAUUCAACCUCCACAGUCACCAUCUUCUCAACAAUUACCACCACCCCAAUCAGCUCCACCCCCAACACUUCCCCUUGCCCAUCCCCAACCACCUUCACUGCAACCACAACCUCAGUUACCCCAACAACCACCUUCUCCUCAACAACAACCACCCCAGCAACCACAGCCUCCUCCACCCCAACCUCAGCAACCACCACAGCAACAGCAGCCACCUCCACAGCCACAGCAGCAGCAACAACCUCCUCAACAUCAAGGUAUGCGUCCAGGCCAAGGACCACCACCACCAUGGGCUCUGUACGAGCUGAGGCAAACAUGGGGUGCUAUGCCAGCUCCUCCAACACCAGCUUUUAUUGAUCCACGUUUUGCUCCUAGACCUCCAAUGGAUAUGCAGGCAUUACCAGUUUAUCCAGUUAGGCGGCGUACUGAUAGUCAUGGCUCAGGAACUGAGAGUCAUGACAGUGAAAGCAGAACUCCUGAUAUGUAUGAACGAGAAUCUCGCUCCUGGAUGGAAAGGAGCUACCCUUUGCCUCCUGCUCCAUAUGAAGAUAUUCGGCGACCUCCUUAUUUUGAUCCAAGGAUGUACCCUGAAUUUGAAAGACGGGAUUAUGAAUAUGACAGAAGGGAAGAUGAAAAACCAGUGAAAAACAAAGAAGAUGAGAGACACCUUCAUGUUCAUCCUUCGCCACAUCCUCAUCCACAUGCCCAUUCUCAUUUGAUUGAUCAUGAAUCUGAGAAGCGAGAAGAAAAACCUCUACCUGAUAGUCACUGGAGACGAGAAGAAAAGUCACAGCAAGAGCCACAUUGGCGACGGGAAGAUAAAAAUCAUGUUGAACCUUCUCACUGGCAUAGAGAUAAGAAUUCAGUUGACUCUCAAUGGCGAAGAGAAGAUAAGAGUCCCUCAGAACCUUCAUCUCAUUGGAGGCAAGAUAAAAACCAUUCUGAUCCUCAUUGGAAUCAGCGUCUCUACUCUUCCACUUACAGAUCUUUCCCUGAUGAUAAAAAAAAGGAUUACAGCUGCCCACCACCUAUUCCAUUACAACAAUCUCAACAGAACAUGCCUCCGAGGAGUGUUUAUACUCCUUUGAAGCGCAGUGCUUCUAGUAUGUCAAGCAGUUCUGGGGCCUCUGAAAGAAAGACUGAUUCUCCUAAAGAAGGCCCUGUUAAUGAGAAACUAGAGGAAACCCGUUUGAAGUCCUCAAGCAAGGAAUCCCUCAAAGAAUCCCAGAAAACGCAACCAAAAGAUUUGAAAGUCCCCGAAACUCAGCCAGAAAAAGAUGAUGUAUCUGAGAAGGAAAAUAGGCCAUUGUCUGAAUCUACGAAAACUGAAAAACCACAAAAAGUGGAGAUUGUUGAAGUGCCAAAUGAAAAGGAAGAAAAGGUGAAGGAAGAGAAAAAAGAAACUCGCACGACUACAAAACCUCCCCUGAAACGAAUGAGAGAGGAUGCAUUUAGAAAUCGCUUUGAUAAAGACCGUUCACACAGUGUACCAAAUAGAGGUAGAGAAUUUGUAAGGGGACGUGGUCGUAGUCGGGGUCGAAGUCGUGGCUUCAAUAAUAAUCGUGGUCGAAAUGACUUUCGUACCUAUGACCGCAGACUCCCAACAGACCAUAAAGGAAAAUAUACAACAAAUAAAUGGCAGGAAAAGUUGAAUAUGGAAAGUGAGCAUAGUGAGGGUGAAGUGGAAGUAGAACUCUCGAAGCGAAGGCGGGGACGUGAUGAAGAGAGUGAUGUGUCUGUUGAUGAAACUAGUGGCACAACUAGUGAAAGUUGCAGUGAACGAACAUCUGAAGUUAGAGAUGUGACUCAUAGCAAGGAGGAGGACAAUGCUGUUAUGGCUGCUGGUAAAGGGAAAGCACCUCAUGAUGAUAACAAAAAACAUAUUAAAGAUAACAGAGAUGAGAAAGUUAAGACAAACACUUGGAAAGACAAGAAGGAUGAGAAGAAUAAAGAAAAAGCAGACCGCAGUGAUAGAAAUGAGCAAAAUAAAGAGGAGAUGAAAGGGUACAGAGGGAAAAAUCCAGCUUUUAUUCAAAGAGGCGAGCCAUCACGGCGUGGCAGAGGUGGCCCGUUAAUACGAAGUAGAGGGAGCAGAUUUUAUUCUUCUCCUCCUUCAGCCCGAGGAUUUGGACGUUACAAUGCUGGCGGAAAUGGUAGUGGCAACAAUACUAAUGUUACUCGAAAUGAAGAACAGGAAAAUAAUCGUAACACUAGGUGCAAAUCCCAGAAGAAGUCUGAUUUAUCUGAUGUAUCCAAGCCACUGAAAAGUGAAAAGGAAAAAAAGGAUGCUCUCGCUAAUAUUGACAUAAAUAACUAUGCAGGUGUUGUAGUUAUUGAUGAUCAACCUGAAGUUACCAUUGAUGAUCCCAACUUCCUUUAUGAAAGCAACGAAGGCUUUCAGGAAGUUAAGACUAAAAAGUCUCUGAAGAGCAAGCAAAAAGCAUUACAAGAGGCUGAACAGCGAAAACAAUGUGAACAAAAGAAAGAAUUGAAAGUGAUUGCUAAAAAAAGGGGAAUGAAGGGAGUUGGUAAAGCUGGUUACAGCAAGUUGCCUCCUCGUUUGGCUAAGCAGAGAGAACAGAGAGACCGUGAACGAGAAAAGUACUCUACUCUAAUGCCAAAAAUUGAGAAUUGGGAUAACAAAUUAGCCAACAACAUUCCUCCUCCUGUAUCUAAGACAGUCACUCCACCUAAUGAAGCAGGUUCCAAAAAUUCUGUAAAUGCAAGUGCUGCAGUUCUUCCUUUGGGUUCUACUGCAUUUCAAACACCAGCUGCCAACCAGCAGACCAGCUCUCUACCUGCUACGACCACUGUGGCGGUUCCACCUGUAAAUGCUUGGAACAAACCUAUCAACAUCUCCAUCACUAAUGCUAUGCACAGUUCCACUGACAUGAGCUAUGACAAAGGAGGAGACCAGCAUGACAGCGGUAUUGAUGUAAGUGAUCCACCAAACUCUACAGCCUCUUCAACUCGAAGUUCUCCAAGUACUGAAAGUAAAGUAAAGGCAGAGCUGCCAGAAGAUAAAGGAAAUAAGGAAAAAAAUGAUACUAGGGUUGACAAAAGUCAGUAUGAAGCUCCAAAACCACAAAGACAACCACGGACUAGUCGUAAUGAAAAAGUAAAUGCUAAGAUUGUUAAUAAUGAACGAAAGGACUCGGAGCCCAAAGCUAAUAAACCAGAAAACAAAGAAAAAAAUCGCAGUGGUACUUGCGUGGAUCGACCAGAAGCUCUUCAACUACCGCCAAGUUUUAAAGAAUCUUUUCUCCGGAAGGGAGAAGAUGCCUCUGAACUUGAUUUUACAUUUGAUGAAACUUUGGCUAAGCUCACAGAAACAAAGAAAGAAAAUAAUUCAAUUACCGAGCCAUCCAAAUCAGUGUCUAUUUCUGCUGGAAGUUCCAAAUCACAAAAUUUGGAGUUAAAUGCUCCUACAUCACCAGCUACAGAAGACUUGAGCCUUAAAAUUGCAUCAGUUAAAAAUGUGUGGGAGAAAAUGCCGACUGUUUUUGAGCAGAGUAUCAAGAGCAAUGCCCCCCAAUCUUUACUUAAUGUCAAAAAUACAACUUCUUCCGAAAGUAGUGUUGCUGUUGCUGUGCCACAGCAGUUAUCUACAACUCAGCAGCAACAACAGCAGCAGUCUACGCAAGGCACGUAUCCUUCCUAUGCAAGUGAUAGGGACUCUUCUAGUUCAACUUCUGUUGCUGCUGCUGCCAGCUCUACUGCAGCUACUUCUACAACUGUUAAUGCUGUGGCACAGUCAGUCUCAUUGGAUGGUGUGGACCACAUGGAACCUGUGAUGGGCAUGGAGGAGACCUCUGUCAACAAUACUGCUCUCACUCCUUCCCUGCCUCACCAUGGACCAAACCUGGUUUCUAACUCUCAACAAAGUAUGGCUAUGUCUCUAACUGUUACCAGUCAUUUGCCAAGUAAUGUUGGUGAUUCUAAGCCAUCUUUAGUGGAACAGAGUAAUGUUUGCAAGGUUAAACCUCAGCAGCUCCAACCGCAACCCCAAGAAGUGCCUGGUGUGGCGAACAGCAAUGCAAACCUGAUUCCAAGUUUACCGAUUCCUAGUCCACCCAUUCAAUUGUUACCUAACCAGCUUUCUCCGUAUCAGCUGAAUUCGUCGCAGUUGUUGACUCAAGAACCGAGAUUCAGCCAACAAAGUUAUGGAUAUAGCUUAUCUCAGCCGCAAACUCAGAUUGGUCAGGCCAGUCUCACUCAGCCUAAUGUAUUUUUGCCAACUACACUUUCACAGCAUGAUCUAUAUCAAACAUCACAGUUGACAGGCUACCAACCCAGGAACCAACCAUAUGGUCAAACUGCAGGUCAGCAGAACACUGUUAUGGUCUCUUCAGCUACAACUUCACUUAUGUCAACUGCUGUGAAGCCACCAACACAAGAUUAUGGAACAUUGCAAAAAAAUCUUGCUCCUGCUUCUCUUCAAUAUAAUCAAGGACUGGGAGGCUCUUCUUUGCAAUCACCAUUAAUAUUUCCAUAUCCAAAUCAACUCUUUGGCACUAACCCUAUUCUGGGACCCACACAAACUGCUCAAAAUGCCAGCAACUCUCAGAUUUUGGGUUCUCCUCUAGUUCAGCCAAGAGCUGCAAUGCAAAAUGUACAAGCAAUGCAAGCUACCUCUUCUUUUUAUCAACAACCACAGCAAACUUUGCAACAAACGGGAUUUUUCCAAGCACAGCAGACAUCUACAGGUUUACAGGGUGCCCUUCAACAAGUUGCUGCAGCAGCAGCAGGUGCACCAGCUUUCUUCGGAAACCAACCUGGAUUAAACCUUUCCCUACAGGCACCAACACAUUCUCAGCCAUUGGGACUAGCUCCGCAACAAGCUUCAAAGGCUUCCCAGUAUAACCCAUCUCAACAGCUUUCUCCACAGAAUACACCUAUGAAAUCCCCUCCCCACAGUCUUGCAGCUUCCAAUAUGAAUUCUGUGCAGAGCCAAAAUGCUAAGUUAUUCAGUAGUCAGCCCCCAAACCGCCAAGCAUCUCAGAGAUAUUCCAAUGUUCAGCAGCAGUUUGGUCAUAAGUUUAAUCCUCAAUAUGUUGGCCAACCUGUACAGCCUGGAGUUGUUCGUCAAAUGGUUGUUGGUAAUAUGAUCCGGCCCAAUAAUCCUCAUCCAAGAGCCAGCUAUUCUUCUCCUAUCCAGAGACCGCCUAAUGUUCAAAUGCAACAGUUAACUGCAGUUCAGUCUCCACCUCCUGUACAGCAAGCACCUCAACUUUAUUCUGGACAACGCUCUGGUCGCAACUUUAAGGCUCAGCAGGCUCGGGAACGAAGUGAAGUUUUGAAACAUGCCCAGAAUUUUUUAAAUCCACAAAAGAAGCCAACAAUGAAGCAGGUCCAAUCUUCAGAUGCCAAAAGAGAUGUAAUCAGUAAUCCCCAGUGUGCUGCUGCUGGUGGUGGAAGUGGUGGUGGUACAGCAAAAGACACAAAAUCUGAAAAGGCCAAUUUAGAUAAAAAGUAAUCACGUUGCUGUGCUAUGAAUCUGUUCACAUUGUCUCUAGAACAAAUUUUCAUGUAAAGUAUUAUGAUUUUGGCCUCUGGGAGUACAAUUGAAGAUGAUUGAAUUUCUUUGAUUGUUAAGUAUAGAACAAAAUAACAAGUAUGGGUGUCAGCAUUAGAUUAAAAUAAUUACAUUUUUUAAUUGUUAGUGUGGCAGCAGACUCCCUGAGGGUGUUGGUGCUGAAAUAUUUCAUCACUCCUCUUACAGAUUAAGAAUUGUUUCACUUGUACUGUUUUAAAGUUACUGUUGGGAUAUGUUCUCAUAUCCUGGUGCUUUCUAUUCUCAACCAACUUUGAAUAGUUGUUAUUUGAAGUACUUUCCCUGCUGAACAUUAUGUGCUUCUACAUAUCCUUAUAGGGUGCUUUUUUUCUCUGCAGUUUAAGUUUCAUCAGUAUUUGCAUUAGAAAUCACUACAAUGUUUUUCAGCUGAAGUACACUGCUAGUUCUGUUGCAUUACAGAAGCUACAGCUGAGAUAAUGUAGGAAAUCUCUUGAUCUUCAAGGGUUGAUUUAUUUUUUUUUUUUGUAGUGGGUUAGCAUUUUUUUUACUGGCAGUUUCCUGUACAAAUAUAAUAAAAGUUAUAAAAAUUGGUUUAACUAGAUAAAAGGAUUUCAAAUAUCUAGGUAAUCCAAAAGUUAUUCAAAACUUUUUUAAAUAAAUUUAUUUAUUCAUUAUCUUUCUAAAAAUAUUUAUUAACAUUUUUUUCUUUAAUUUGAAUGUGACUUAUGAUUAAAAUUUUAAGAUGUUGGGAUUGUUAUAAAACACAUUUUCACCUACUCCUUGACCCACCUUUUGUUCCUUAAAAAUGUCUUUGUAUAUUUGUUAGUGAGUGUUUGUGUGUGCAUGUAAAGAUAUAUACACACUCCAACACACCAUACCUUUUAUGUGCAGUCUUCAUCUGCUAUUCCCCCUCCUUGCAACAUUAUCUCUUAUUAGGUAGAGAUAAGGUGCUGGUCACAUAAUACCUAGAUUAUGACUACCUGAGCUGGACUCAGUAUGGUUUCCUCCAUCUGAGGUUGGCUAUUUUGAUACCACAAUAUUACUAUAUAGGGCCCGUCUUGCUGGUUAUUUAUAGUUGUUGUAUGAAGAACAAACACUGUCUUCAUGGUGGUCACUAAAUCAAUUUCAGUGACUGAUUUGUUAAUCAUCUGGAGAGAGAGAGAGAGAGAGAGUGUGUAUGUGUGUGUGUGUGUGGAUUUGGAGAGUGAGCACUACUCAUUACAAUUGUAUAAAAACUAAGUUAACUUGGAAGUAUGUAUAUGUGUCAUGCAUGUAUACACAAACACUAAUGAUUAAUAAAACUGGUAAAACUUUGAAUGAAAUCAAAACAAUAAUAAAGUUGAAGGCAAGUUUUCUAGUUUACUGCAUAACAUUUAAUGCUGGAACAAAGAAAAUUUAAGGGCUUGGAGAAUAUUUGAUUAGGAAUAUCCAAGCACAAAUGUGAAUUGGGUGAUAAGUCCAUUUGUGUUGGUCCCAAUAAUUGAUUUGCUGAGAUUAAUCAGUUUGUGUGUAGAUCAAAAAUCAAAUGAGGAUAUGGAAGAAAUGUUCAGGAAAUAAAGAGGAAAAAAAAUAAAGAAAAAAAAAAUAUCAGGAAAAAAAGAUAAACAUCUCGAAAGAAUAAAUACUUUUGAAGUGUUC